CGCAGUCUGUCGCGAGACGCCUAAGUGGUUAGUGAUUACACAAAACGAAAUCUAGAUGUUAGACAAUAUUAUACAGACUUUGUCUCACGUAGUGAUUAAAAAAAAUAAACAAAAUAGACUAAUUUUCAGUUCGAAGUAGUUAUUUUCAAUACACUAGCUCGUAAAAGUUUUAUCUUGGAAUUCAUGUUGAAUUGAUGAGUGAUGAAUGUUGUAUUUUAUCGUCAAGUGCGGCAAAGUAAUUUGAUGCACCUUUUAAGUCGGUUCCUUGCUGGUAGAAUUGAUAUUUUAAUGAUGUUUUGAAUGAUUUCAAUACUCGUAUUUAGUAAUGUUAAUUCUGAAUUGUAGGAUUUUACAGUUAGUAUUUUCCUAGCGCUAGUAUGGUGAACAUUUUUGUGUUUCACGCGGUGGCAAGUUUGUUUAACCCUCAUACCUUAAACCCAAGUAACGCUCAAGAAUCCAGUUUUCAAACCACACACAUUUUGGCAUCUUUUGCUUCAAUUAUCAGUUAAAGCACAAGGGGUUAACCUUUUGAAUGCUUUUUGUCAUAAACACAAACAUCACUUAAACGCCAAGCUCCCGGACGCAAAAGAGAAAUGUAAACCUUGUAAGUGUGAAGGUUACUUUGACAACGUCUGCCAUAACACCUAUAGUUGUUCUUGGCGCUGUGGGCGCGACGACUUUAGGUGUUCUUGGCGUUCAAAAGGUUAAACAACCACUUUGAUAGGGUUGGAACAGGGCCCAGAGCUUUAUACGUGAGUUACAAGUAAAUCGAAGAGGCCGCUGACUUAUGUCAGGAUUAUAAUCCCGGCUGCGGUGUGGUCUACGAAAUGAAAUGGUGCCAAUCGACGUGUCCAACGAUCCCUAUAGUUAGGAAGUGUUGCUUCUUUGUGCCCAUACGGAAAGGAGUUAUUAUAUUCGGAUAUGUCAAUUUGGUGCUCACCCUUCUCGUCUUCCCAUUUUUCGUCUUCAUGCUGGUUGAGGAGGCGACCAAAGAUGAUGACGGCCAGGAACUGCCUCCGCGGAUGGACCCCAUAGUGCAUAUACCACUGACCCUCGCGUUUCUACUCACUGACGUUGUUAUGUACAUCGUUCUCCUUAUAGGAGCCCACAAAAGAAAACAGAGCUUACUGAAGAGCUACCUGUACUUCGGCCUCGUGUUCCAAGUGCUGACUUUCUGCGUGGACAUGGUGUUCCUCGAUAUGGAAGAGUAUCUCGAGAACGCCGUGUACUUCUUCUUUUUAGGUCUGAACGUGUACCUGCUUUUCUUAGUCUACAACACAGUACGAGUCAUCGAAGAGAGUGCAGUCCAAUAUGUGGCGCAUCGGGAUCUGAGGCAUCUCAUCAUGUGACGUCACUACUUUCCACUGAUCUCAACUACAAAGUGGAGCAUGAGGCCGCGUUCCCAUUAUGUCGUAACGACAGUAAUCGUAACUUUUUUGACGACCGGUCUGGCCUAGUGGGUAGUGACCCUGCCUAUGAAGCUGAUGGUCCCGGGUUCAAAUCCUGGUAAGGGCAUUUAUUCGUGUGAUGAGCAUGGAUAUUUGUUCUGAGUCAUGGGUGUUUUCUAUGUAUUUAAGUAUGUAUACAUAUUUAUAUAUUAUAUAUAUCGUUGUCUAAGUACCCUCAACACAAGCCUUAUUGAGCUUACUGUGGGACUUAGUCAAUUUGUGUAAUAAGGUCCCAUAAAAAAAAAAACUGUCCUAUAUGUGAAUACCUCCAUUUAAAUACAGGCCACGACGCACAGAUCUGUCGUUACGGCUUAAUGGGCCUAAUCGUAAGAUAACUCGUGGUUACAAUCACAAUUCAUAGGCGCUCCUAAGGUACAGUCACGUCUGAAAACAUCGACACGAUAAGUGCCAAAAAUAUGUAUACACGACUUUAUGGACCAUGUAUUAGGGUAGUGUAUACAUAUUUCUGGCACUUUGUUCGUAUCGAUAUUUUCAGACGUGGCCGUACUAUAAAUAAUAUUAUAUGCCUGGGAGUCCGAGCGCUUUUUACAAGCUUUAACUUGACAUGUUCGUAUGUAACUUUUUUUUUUUCAAAUCUUGUAAAGCAUUUCUCAAUCACUUCCUGAUAUCCGAUUAAGCGGAAAAUUUGCAUUCAUAUGUAAGUCGGAUGACAAUGCAAUACUAUUGUACCAUCGAGCUGAUCUGAUGAUGGAGACAGAAGCUGGCCAUAGGAACGUUGUGAUGAAACAACGCAAACUAAUUGUGUUUGGGGUUUUUAGAAUUGUCUCGAUGAGUAUUAGUGUUAUUAUUGCCUGUGGGAAGAAAAUUACAGUCAGCGAUAAACGUUUGUACGAAAAAUAUUUUUUUUCACAAACUUAUUCAGUUGCGUCCAAGUUAACGACCUAUAGGUACACAAAAAAGUUUUAUUUUGAAAAAAGUUGCCAUUAAUGAAUAUAUUCUUAAUAUUUUUAA